UGAGAGCCAAGAAGCUCUAAGUUCACAUGUUGACAGAUUUGCCUAGAUCCACCCCUCAGCGGUAGAUUACUGAGCGACAAAGCGGAAGGUGAUACUUUGUAGACAAGAACGCAUGCACACCUCGGUUGUAACUUUCCCACACAACAACUGGAUGCAGAAACGGCUUAUUUCUUUAGCUCACAAGACUGUUUGUGUAGGCCUACAACCUCUUGUCAGGUGUCAGGAACACUGGAAAGUGUGUAGAGCCUUUUCAGUUGUUCAUGUGUUAAUUUUUUCCCAACACAUCCAUCAUUUCUCAUUUGUAUCCCAUAAACGCAAACUCUUCCAAACUAAGCCUCCCCAGCUUUCCCUACAUCAGUGUUUCUUCAGCCAGCCAGAUAUGGCAGAGCAGAGGUUUAUCGUGGAAUACGCCAAACGUGGCACUGCAGGAUGUAAGAAAUGCAAGGACAAAAUCCAAAAGGGCAUAGUGCGCAUAGGGAAGAUUGUGCCAAACCCUUUCAGUGAGUCAGCCGGGGAAAUGAAGGAGUGGUACCAUGUGAAGUGUAUAUUUGAGAAGCUGGAAAGGGCAAGAGCCACCACGAAGAAGAUCGAGGACAUCACAGAUCUGGAGGGCUGGGAGGAGCUACAGGACGAAGACAAGGAGCUCAUUAAUAAACAUGUUUCAGACCUGAUGGCCAAAGUCAAUGCAAGUCCAAAGAAGAAGGUGCAGGCCAAGUUGAACACCACCGGCCAGCUAAUGUCUCCUCCUGCAGACCCAUCCGUCAACGCUCCACGCAAGUUCUCAGGCUUCACUGCUGCGAAGGCCGGCAGCUCCAGCUCCGGCUCCAGCUCCAGCCCGGGACCAUCCCCCUCCUCUGCCAAAGUCAGCCAAGGCGGCACCCUGUCCGCCCAGCUUUGUGACCCCCAGCACAAGGACUGCCUCUUGCGAGAGUUUCGUAAGCUCUGUGCCAUGGUGGCAGAAAACAACAGCUACAACACCAAGACACAGAUUAUUGAGAAGUUCCUGAAGAAGGGCUCAGGUGGAGAUAAGUUCCAUGGAGAUCUUUACCUGACGGUGAAGCUGCUCCUGCCGGGCGUCGUGAAGAGUGUCUACAACCUCAACGACAAGCAGAUCGUAAAGCUCUUCAGCCGCAUAUUUAAAUGCAGCCAGGAUGACAUGGUGCGCGAUCUGGAGCAGGGCGAUGUUUCUGAGACGGUGCGGAUGUUCUUCGAGGACAGUAAAUCAUUCCCUGCGGCUGCCAAGAGCCUCCUGACCAUCCAGGAAGUGGACGCCUCCCUGACCCGCCUCGCCCAGCUGACCAAGGAGGACGAGCAGCAGACCGAGCUGGAGGAUAUUGCCAAAAAAUGCACCGGAAAUGACUUGAAAUGCAUCAUUCGACUUAUUAAACACGACUUGAAGAUGAACGCUGGAGCAAAACACGUUUUGGAUGCUGUGGACCCAAAUGCUUACGAUGCCUUCAAGGCCUCGCGCAAUCUGGGAGACGUGAUUUAUCGGGUGUUGAGGAAUCAGCAGGAGGCGUCUAAUGGUUCAGGUCCCAGGAAACUCCUCACUGUGGAGGCCUCACUCAUGACCCCUGUUCAGCCCAUGCUGGCAGAGGCGUGUAAAUCCAUCGAGUACGCGAUGAAGAAAUGCCCCAACGGGAUGUACUCCGAGAUCAAGUAUGACGGCGAACGUGUGCAGGUCCACAAGGACGGAGACAGCUUCAGCUACUUCAGCCGCAGCCUGAAGCCGGUGCUGCCACACAAAGUGGCCCAUUUCAAGGACUACAUCCCUCAGGCUUUUCCCGGAGGCCACAGUAUGAUACUGGAUGCCGAGGUCCUCCUAAUUGACACAAAGACCAGUAAACCCCUGCCCUUCGGGACCUUGGGUGUUCACAAGAAAGCCGCCUUUCAAGAUGCCAACGUGUGCCUUUUUGUUUUCGACUGUAUCUACUUCAAUGGCGUGAGCCUCAUGGAGAGGCCUCUGUGUGAACGCAGGAAGUUCCUGCACGACAACAUGGUAGAAGUCACCAACAGGAUCCUGUUCUCAGAGAUGAAGCACGUCACUAGGGCAGGAGAUCUGGCUGAUAUGAUAACUCGUGUCAUCAGGGAGGGACUUGAAGGCCUGGUGCUAAAAGACAUAAAGGGCAGCUAUGAACCAGGGAAGCGCCACUGGCUAAAGGUGAAGAAGGACUAUUUGAACGAGGGGGCGAUGGCGGACACGGCUGACCUGGUGGUUCUGGGGGCCUUCUAUGGAAAAGGCUCAAACGGGGGCAUCAUGUCCAGUUUUCUAAUGGGCUGUUAUGACCCAGACUCCAAGAAGUGGUGCACAGUCACCAAGUGCUCCGGAGGCUACGAUGACGCCAUGUUGGCCAGGCUCCAAAAAGAGCUGGAUGUGAUCAAAAUCAGCAAGGAGCCGAGCAAAAUCCCAGGCUGGUUGAAAAUCAUCAAGAACUAUUAUCCAGAUUUCAUCAUUCGCAAUCCUGAGGAAGCACCUGUCUGGGAGAUCACAGGCGCAGAGUUCUCCAAAUCAGAAAUGCACACGGCUGAUGGCAUCUCCAUCCGCUUUCCCCGCAUGACGCGCAUCCGUGAUGACAAGGACUGGAAGAGCGCCACCAACCUGCACCAGCUUAAAGAGCUGUACCGCAUAUCAAAGGAGAACUGUGACUUUAAAGUGACGGCCGGACCGUCGACAUCCAGCGACGACAAGGGCUCAUCAGGAGGAGACAGCGGAGGAAACUCGCCGUCGUCCUCGUCCCGCGGAGGCGCCGCACCCAAGAAGAGCAACAGCAGAAGCCCACCCAAACCCAAGGCGGUGAAAUCCCAGCCCCGCACCCCCGCCUCAGAAGCACCCAGUGCCAAGAAGGUGAAGAAGAGCGAAAGCGUUCACAGCAAUGGACAGACCAAAGCAAAGGCAACCUCUCAGCUGCUGGAGCCCAGAAAUGACAAGACGCUGCUGGACAUCUUCAGCGGCGUGAAGCUGUUCCUGCCAGCCUCCGUGCAGGACUUCGACAAACUGAGGCGGUACUUUGUGGCGUACGACGGAGACCUCGUGCCGGACUACGACGCCGCCUCGGCCACACAUACGCUGGCUGAACCCGAGGGGGACAGCCAGGCCCGGAAAGUCUCGUCCAGCUGGAUCUGGGAAUGUAUCCGCAAGAGGCGUGUGGUACCUCCCUGUUAGCAAUAAAAAGAAAACACACACACUCGUGCUGUGUUAACACGUCCUUUAACUGCUGCACACUAGAACUCAACUCUAAAUCCAUGUUAAACAAUAUGAAUGUGGUUGAUCUUUGAGGUUUGGGGAGAUUAUUGUGUCCAUGGGUUCAAUCACACAGAAUUUUUAUUUAUUCUUUUCAAGUCCUGUUUGUUUCCUACACUUACAAACCAGCAGAGGACACAAAUGCUACACAUUCAGUUUGGGGUUUUAGUUUUUGCCAGUUUUGGGUAAUUGGAAGAUUGUUGUUGGAUGUUGUCAGUUUACUGAAGAAACGAGGUCCGUUAGCGUGCUGAACGCCAAGAGUUUUUGUAAGAAAAUUUCAAUAAGCUCUGUCUUUGAAGCAGCAACACAUGAGUACUGUAAAUUCUGAAAUGCAUUUUUACAAAGACAUCAUGUAACAUGAAUCACAGAGGAAAUGAACACGCAGCAGAAUUAAGAGGUUUCAUCGGCGUCAUGAAUUAUUUUUACUGUCUGAGUGAAACAUUCUGCGAGGUAUUAAACUCUGACUCAGCAACCACAUUUUUCUGCCAUUAGGAAUAAACAAAAUGCUGACGAAGAUAAUAAAAAUGUCUGUGUA